AUGGCCAUCAACCCCAAAAAUCUUCGCAGUGUGCGGACCCAACCGCUCUCGUUCAGCUGUUCGCCGCGUGCGGCGAAAUGGACGAGUUAUGGCACUGGGCUUUCCCGUGCCAAACAUUUGUUAUUACCUGUUAUCAAUGAGUAUGCGAAGUUGUUAUUCUUCUUCGCCCAUAACUACGUCAAAUGUGUGGUACUUACGACUUGUAAUGGAUCGAAAUCGCACAACUUCUCACUUGCUUCAUCAAAUGACCCUACCUUCUUUCCGGAAAUUUUCCCAAUUGAGACGUGGACGGGGGCGAACCAGGUUGCUGUUUUGCGAGGAAUUUCUGAGGAUGAAGUCCCGGAUCGGGCUCGAGAACAAGAAGCAUUGGUUGCUCUAUCUGCAGCUCAGUCGAGCAGACAAUCAGGAAACAUAAAACGCGCGAAAAUGAUAAUCGAACACGCGAUGGCUCUCGCUCCAAAUCAUCCUGAUAUUCUCACCGAAUAUGGGCUGUUCCAUGAAAUGUUGGAAGAUAAUGUGCUGGAAGCCGAUCUCUGCUAUGCGAAGGCUUUGGCCUAG